GUUGCCGCAAGAGAGCAGCAGUGAUCACAAUUAUUUCUUCGGGCAAAGCAAACUAACACCGGUAAAAUACGCAAGAUGGGGAAGAAUGUAUUUAAAAAUUCAAAACUCACAGCGAGUAAAGUAAUUGAUUAUGGACUUUCAGAUUUAAUAAAUAUAAAAUAAUGGACGUAGCUAUUUUGUCGAAGGGACGGAAGGUCCGUAGCUUUGCUUUAAUUCGACCUGAUUGUGCCAAAACUUGAAGCCAGGGCUAAUAUGACUGCGAGAGAAGUUAUAACCAUAACGUGUAGCUGCUUGACAAGGAUAAUACAGAAAUAAAGAGAAGAACGGUUCUUCAUGAUUUAUCAAAACCUUUGGAAACAAUGGUCCAGCUGCGGUAAAAUUAUAUUCAGAAAGGCCAAGUCACUACAACAGAGUCAUUUUCUCUCACAGGCGACAGGAAUGGGACGGUUUAAAGUUUACGUCACUCAUCCGAACGUGCCACAGUCUGCAAUUCAGCUGUUACAGGAAAGUUGUGAUGUCACUGUUUGGCAACAAGAAUGCCCUGUGAAAAGAGCAGAACUCAUGACGCAAAUAAAAGGAAAGGAUGCACUAUUUUGUUUGUUGACGGAUAAAAUUGACAAGGAAGUGUUAGAUAGUGCAGGGCCAGACUUAAAAGUUAUUGGUACAAUGUCUGUAGGGUACGAUCAUAUUGAUGUACAUGAAGUCAAGAAGCGUGGCAUCAAAAUUGGGUAUACUCCAGAUGUUCUCACUGAUGCAGUGGCUGAUCUUACUGUUGCCUUACUACUUGCUACUUCCAGACGACUCUUUGAGAGCCACAAUGAAAUACUGAAAGGCCAGUGGGGACCUUGGUCACCAUUGUGGAUGUGUGGACCAGCACUAAAGGGUUCUACCUUAGGCAUGGUUGGAUAUGGGCGUAUUGGGCGUGCUACUGCUCGACGUUUAGUGGCGUUUGGUGUUGGUCGCACACUCUACUGGGGCCGAUCUGACCAUGGAGAUCCUGACAAUAUUGGUGCAAAAUUCUGCCCGGAGCUAACAAAUCUUCUGGCAGAAAGUGACUUUGUGGUUGUCACAUGUGCCCUAACUACAGAUACUCAUGAAAUGUUUGAUGAGAAAGCUUUUGCAGUCAUGAAACCUUCUGCAGUCUUUAUCAAUACAAGUCGUGGUGGUGUGGUGAAGCAAGAUGCACUUAUCAAAGCACUGGAGACCAAACAAAUCUGGGCUGCUGGUCUUGAUGUUACUACCCCAGAGCCAUUGUCUCCAGACCAUCCUUUGCUGAGUCUCAGGAACUGUGUUGUAAUUCCUCACAUUGGUAGUGCAACAACACAAGCAAGGACUGAAAUGGCAAUGCUCACUGCUCGAAAUAUUUUAGCUGCCUUGAAUGGAGAGCCUCUCCCUGCUGAAAUAAAGUAGAGAUGCAAAUCGAAGGAACAAUGUCUACAGUAAUCUCCCUCAGAAUGUUAAAUAUCUGUAGCCUGGUUACAAAGAUUCCAUUUAGCAAAAACUUCUGGAGAGGUAAAAACUGUUUGAGUUACUUUAACAUAAGUAGUAUUGUUGAAAAAUUGUCUAUAAUACAAUAGCAAAAGUCUAUAAUUAAAUUAUAGAAAAUUCUGCAGAGGCUAUUUUCUCUGAAAACUUCUUCAUUUUAUGUUAUGUCCAAGACUAAAUUGAUACAUUCUGUUUACGUAGAUCACUAGGUUCAUUAGAACAUCCAGAAACAAAUGUCAUAUUAUAGCUGUAUAGCUGCCUUGAAUAGUAUGUGCUUUGAUCUGGAAACUUUGGUAAUAACACAUUUUUUUGCUUCUCGUAUGAGACCACAGCUAAAUUAUCUCCUUCUUCUUUCAUGACAAAAAAGAAAGUCCUGAAGCAAGUGUUUUGAAUAUAGAUAAUUCUGUUUUCAGUUUGUUCAAGGCCUCUUCAUUUUCUUUCAGGUUUUAUUUUUCUGAAAAGUGCAGACAAGUUGAGCAUACAUUCGUCAAUGGACAUUUAGAGCUUACAUUGUAUAGAAUCACAGAUAAGUGACAAAACAAUGGCAUCUUUAAGUCACCAAAAACUGGUACUUGAUAAAUAUACCAUGUUUUAGAUAUAGAGAAGCUUGAGUCAAGAUACAUACGAGUAGUUCUUGCUCUACUGUAGUGCAAUUCUAUGUCUUUAAUCUGUUUGACAAAAUGUAUUACUGAACUGAUUUUCUUUUGCUAAAUGCCAGCCUUCCUCUAACCACUUCUUGUUUCAACAGGAAUUAGAGCUCCAUCUUUCUUAAAUUGUGCAAGAACCCCUUCAAAUCCAUGUUUUGUAGUAACCGAAAUCCAAUAACUAUCCGCCUACAUACUUCUAUUCUGUUUCCUGCCACAGCUUCAACUUACACUUCUAGUGGAUCCUGUUCCAUCUCCAAGUCUCUCCCUUUUUGGUAGAACUGUUGAACAAUACUUAUGGAGGAAGGCGCCUUGCCUGGUUUUGUGUUUAAUGCCAUAAAACACAUGUGAAACCUAUUUAUAUCUUGUAUCUUCAACAAGCUGCAAUUUUUCUUUCCUUCAGGUAAUCCAUUUGGUCGAUACCUGAAAAUAAACAAUGGCAUUAAAACAAUAUAAACUUAAGUGGUAAUUGUUUGUACAUGGUUACAUUUAAUAUUAACUUCAGCGUCUUCUGUUUUACUCUUUCUCAGUUUGAUCGAUCUGAAAUUUUCUUCCUUCAUUCACAUGUAGGUGAUUCUUUCACAACUCCUUCCCUUAUUUCUGUUGGUAUAGUUCAACACAGUGUUAAUACUACUUGUUAGUUAACAAACUUUUUAGUAUUAAGCAGUAAUAGAUGCAGACCAUACUGCUUAUCAGUAUGACUCUAAUAAAUGUUGUGAACUUGCAAGAUCGUGUGACAGAGUAAAGCCUUUGUGGAGAUGGCCAUUUUUGUCACCAACAUAAUUGAUGGCUUGCUGAUUUUGUGACUAAGGCAAAUGUUUAAAUGCAAAUUUAACAUGCUUCUGGCUGUUUUUGUGUCUACAGAAUAUCACAAUUGGAUGCCCUGCACUAUUUGCUCUUAAAAUCUGUCAUUAUAUAAUAUUGUAAAACAGUGGAGUUGGCCAUCUGCGUAGACAGGUUACAAAUAUAUAGUUUUAUGUUGAAUAUUGCUCGUACCAAAGUCUGUUUGUGAUAAAAAGCUGUAUGGAGUGAGAGAUUCUGAUGUAAAAUUAUAUUAAGACCUGUGGAUUAAAUGCAUUUACAAACAAAAAUUGAGAAGCAUUUUAUGUUAAAAGCUAAAAAUAUAUUCAACAUACACAUUUAAAAAAAUCUUAUAUACUAUUACGUAAAGCAAUGGGAAACUAUGGCCAUAAUUUUUCCCAAGGGCAUGCAGCUUGACUGUAUGGAUAAAUGAUGAUGGCGUCCUC